AUGGGUAACAAGGUGAUUUCGAAGCAUCGAGAUAUAAGAUCAGCUUUGGCAUCUGCUGUUCUUGAAUGGCUACUAAUUUCAAUGCUCCUGGUCAAUGCUGUAUUUACUUACUUGAUAUCAAAAUUUGCUCAGUACUGUGGGCUGCAAGCUCCAUGUCCGCUGUGUUCUAGACUCGAUCACAUCCUUGGUUCUAGUAGUAGCAAGAAGUUGAAGUCAUAUUGGGAUUUGGUUUGCCGCAGCCAUAAGUUGGAAGUCUCUUCCUUGGUCCUUUGCCAUGCUCACAACAACCUUGUGGAUGUACAUGGAAUGUGUGAAACAUGCCUCUUCUCCUUCGCCACCACUAACAAGUCCAAUGCCGAAACAUACAGAUUGUUGGUGGGAAAACUUGGUGAAGAAAAUUGUGAUUUUGGUGACUCUUCAUCUGAAGUAGAUCAUACUUCCAAGCCUCAGUUAAAUUGUUCUUGUUGUAAUGAGCCGUGGACAUCAAGAGCAGCUGCUGAUAGCCAGUUGAUGAUGAACUCUUCUAAAUCGAUUGAUUCCGAGGCUGUUGCUGAACUUGGCCAGGAUAUCCCAAAGAUCAAUGAUCAAUCUUGUUCAGCCAGCAGUGUUAUUAAUGAUGUUGAUCCUUUAUCUCAUGUUGAGUAUACUGAGGUUACUGCUGAUUCUGAUACUGAAUGUGAAGCCAGGGGUUCAGUUCAUGAAACUCAUCCAUUGAUGGGGUAUGGAUCUUUGCCUGCCAGCAGUUCUAUUUAUGUGGUGGAUCCUUUAUCUAAUGUCAAGUAUACCGAGAUUAAUGCUGAUUCUGAUGCUGAAUGUGAAGCCUGGGUUCCGGUUCAUGAAACUCAACCAUUGAUGAGGGAUGUUUCUGUUGAAUGUGCACCAAUGGAUCCACUUAUUAGCAGUCUAGCUGGAAAUUUCACUUCGGAUCCCCUAGCUCAUGUUGGGUAUAUAGGGGUCAAGGUUGAUUCUGAUGCUGAAUCUGAAGGCCAAAUUUCUGAUGAGGAGGAAGAUAAUUCAAACGUCUCUGCUCAUGAAACCCAACCAUUAAUUGGGGAUGAUGCUGCUCUUGAAGGUGUGGCAGGAGAGCCAUCUGAAGGCCAGGUAUUUUACAAGGAAGGUGAUGCAGAUGCAUUAGCCGAUGAAAACCAUCUGUUAGUGGAUGAUGUUUCUCUUGAAAGCUUGCCAAUGGAGCCACAGGGUGUCGUUCCACCUGAAGUUGAUAAUUUAGAGAAGUUGAUGCAGCCAGUUUCAGCAACUGAUGAGUCCCCAAUUUUCGAAUCUGAAGUGCUAUUUUCAUCUCCAGCAACAAAUGGUCACGAUUCUGAAGAACUUAAAUGGCAGCAAGCUGAAAAUGCUGAACCCUCUGGGAUCCCUGAACUGAUUUGCCUUGAUAAUGAGGAUCCUUCUCUUUUCAUUGUUCGAGACAAUCAUGUAGAAAAAGCAAAAAUAGAAGAAGAAAAGUUCAUUUCGUCAGAGUACGUGUCGCCACAUACAGAUGCAAGAGAAACCAUCGUUGUGGAAACAUCAAAAUCGAGCAACUUCAAUUCCAUAGACGAUAUGGCUUUACCUUUGGAUGAUGUCACAGAGAAUGUCGUGGAACAAUUAGGGGAGAGCAAGCUUCCUCUUGAUCUAAGGAAUGAGAGAAAGCUUGAUGAAGAUGAUUCCCUCUCACCAGUGGAGGAAGUGGUUUCUCCUGUUGAAGGACUGAAGGAGAGCAAUGGUAAAAGAACGGAGGAAAUUUGGCAGCCAUCUGCAACUGAUUCUGAGCAAGUGCAAGCUGCUGCAACAACAACUGAUAUGUAUCCCGAUUCAAAUCAGGCUUCGAGUGGGGACAAUACUCCAAACUGGCAUAACUUGUUGGACCUUGGCGAUGCAUACAAGCUAGCUAUCACCAAUAAUGGAAGACAACUAUCUGGCUUGCUUGCUGCUGAGCAAUGGCUUGGAAAGGAUUCUUCUCGACUAAGUGAAGACUUAAGAACUUUGGCCUCGCAGCUAUCAUCUGGUGUUCGUGAGCAAUCAUUGAGCCCUAGAGUAUCUAUGAGUCCCAGAGUACCCAUGAGCCCGAAGCUGUCCUUAAACAACAGUGAAGUGCAGAUGCUCCAAAAGAGAAUGUCACUGGAGAGGAACGAGUCGGGUCUAUCUCUUGAUGGAACUCUUGUAAGUGAAAUCGAAGGCGAGAGUUUGGUUGAUAGGUUAAAACGACAGGUGGAGCAUGAUAAGAAGUUGCUGGGCGCCUUGUACAAGGAGCUCGAAGAAGAAAGGAAUGCGUCAGCAGUUGCAGCAAAUCAAGCCAUGGCGAUGAUCACUAGGCUGCAGGAAGAGAAGGCAUCUCUACAAAUGGAAGCUCAGCAGUGCCUGAGGGUGAUGGAAGACCAAGCCGAGUAUGAUAUGGAUGCUUUACAGAUGAUGAACGACCUUCUCGCGGAGAAGGAGAGAGUGAUUCAAGAUCUCGAAGCGGAACUCGAGUUCUACAGGAGUAAGUUCCCAGAUGCUGAAGAAGAAGAAGAAGAAGAUUAUGAGAUUAUUGAAGAAGAAGAAGAACAACAACAACAACAACAAGAAGUUCCUCCGACAGAUAUCAGAGUUGAUCAUCAACAAGUUAAUGGUUUCAGAACAGAAUGAAGAUUUCGUCCUGGCUACAAAGAUCCGCUCUUUGUAAACCUGAAUAACCUAUAUCCAUCUUCAAGUCUAAACCAGCAUGUGGUAAGUGGCUUAGUUUUGAAGCAAUAGCUCUUAGCUUUGUUCAUGAGUGCUAUAAAUAGUCAUGCCUUGCAUUUUGUCCCGUCUUCUAUUUGUGCUUUGUUCAGAUUUCAUAGUGACUAGUGAGUUGAACACGCCAUUGACAGAAGCCGGGUAUUGCAGCAAUUAGAUUUGGGAAUGAAACUGUACAGUUUUCAGCAGCUUGUUGGUUCUUACUCCCUCAUAGGAUUGAAAUGUUACAUACAGCUUGCUUUGGUUGUCCUUCUGGAUAUGUACGGUCUUUGCUUGGUGUGUUUACAGAAGGGAGCAGGGUUUUCAUCCCCUUGCAUUACUUUGAUUUCUUCUUCUUAAUUUUUUAUUCUCCAUCUCUCUCAUUGGUUUUCUUAUUUUGGAAAAGAAGAUUUAAUUGGGUUGUUGGUUUGGUUGUAAAGGUUAGUGAGUGAUUUGUAAAGAAGCUGAAAGUUGUGUGUAGACUGUAAAGUUUUGAGGAAAUACAAGGUGGAAAAGAUAAUGUGUGUUAACUCUCUCUU